AUGGCAAGUAUUAUGGAGGACCACCACUUCCCUGGUGAGCUAUGGGGGGUGCGACUACGAAGCCCCACAGCGUGUCGGAUCCACACAGAGCGACGAUUGCAUCAAAUGUUACAACAAUUUAAGGAUUAUGAUAUUGGACCCCCUCCAUUGCCUAUCGAGGGUGAUCAGUUGAGCUUAGCCACUACUAUCAUGGAGGCUAAUAAGAGGUUUGGGUAUGGCAAUGCAAGCAAUAGAGUGGUGUCCAAACCUCAAGUGUCUAUUGAAAGUUGGAGGGAGAGGGAUUACUUGGUUGUGAAUGUGAGCAGUAGUGAUAGACCUAAACUAAUGUUUGACUCAGUGUGCACUCUAACAGAUUUAGAUUAUGAUGUAUUUCAUGGCUCCAUCAACACCGAUGGAUCAGUUGCAAUUCAGGAAUACUUUGUGCGGCAUAUGAAUAAGUGCACUCUCCUCAAUGAGAUCGAAAGGCAGAGUUUAGUUCGAAGUUUGGCGGCGGCCGUUGAAAGGAGAAUGUCACAAGGGCUAAAGGUGGAGGUGCGCAGUUUGAAUCAUCAAGGUCUACUUUCAAACAUGAGGAGAGUAUUAAGA